CACUGUACCACCGCGGAGGCGGGGCAUCGAGGUACCUAACCCUACAAGGUACCUGGAUGUAUGCCAUCACUUUCACUCGAGGAGCUAGCAUCGCGUCCUCAACACUAUCAGGCAGCAACAUGGAGGAAACAUAACAAAGUUACCCGUGGCUUAGAGCGAUCCGUAUCGAACCAAACCGUCCAUAACCGAGACUACGAAUCUCCUGACCUCUUCCGCUCACACACAUCCUCAGUUCUGAACUCGUGGCUUCCUUGCACCUCAAGAUGGCAGCCCCCGCGGACCAACGGAUCGCGGUCCCCAUCGAUGACCCAAACGCGGAUACAGAAUGGAACGACAUUCUGCGCAAACACGGGAUCAUCCCGGAGAAGCCCCCAUCCCCGACCCCGCUCAUCGAAGAGGCCAUCCUCGAAGCGCGCCGGCUCGCGCACGAGAAUCGUCUAGAAGGCAAAGACCUGUCCGACCUCUCCGACCUCGAAGACGAGGAAGACGAGGCCUUUCUCGAGCAAUACCGGCAGAAGCGCAUGCAGGAGCUCUCGGCGCUGCAGAAGAAGUCCGUCCACGGCGCCGUCUACCCGAUCUCCAAGCCCGAGUACCAGCGCGAGGUCACCGACGCCUCCCACAACGGGCCCGUGUUCGUCAAUCUCACUUCGCCCCAGGGCAGCAACGUCGAGUCGCGUGUGCUGUCCCAGCUCUGGCGGCAGGCGGCGCAGGAGUAUGGCGAGCUCAAGUUCUGCGAGAUGCGCGCCGACAAGGCGAUUGAAGGGUAUCCGGAGCGCAACUGCCCGACGAUUCUUGUCUACAGCAAGGGGGAUAUCGUCAAGCAGGUGGUCACGUUAGCGACGGUGGGCGGCGUCCGGAUGAGCAUGCUGGAUCUGGAUAAGAUUCUGGUGGAGGUGGGCGCGGUGAAAGAUAGUGAUAUGCGGGUGAUCAAGCGGAGGCGGGCGGCGGAGGAUGGCGAAGAGGAGGGAAAGGCAGCUGGUGCGAGCAGAGGUAUCAAGAGCAGUAGGGACGCGAUGAAACAUGAUGACGAUGACGAUUGGGACUGAGCGCCCCUGGCUGAUUUUGGGGUUGGGUCACUCGGCGAGAGCGAGCCGGGCCAUCUCAUGAGGGAAGUCGAAGGUUAGCCUGUGGGGUUAUGGCUCUGGCUGCUCGAGCGUCUGGACCACCUGGCUGGGGUUGUGCCUGACUCUGACACCUC